GCCGAACAAACCACAGCCCUACAAACACUUAAAACCCACUGUUGCCCUAUUAUUUGACCCCGGGGAAAGCCCAAGGAGCCCAGAAAAUGUCUUCCACAGUAUCUUCAUCUUCGACUCUGUUCGCCAACUCACUGCUCUCCUCUGACUCAACCCCAACUCGGUCACUGCGCUCCCUUACCCUCGCUCCACUCUCAUGGGUAUCUUCGUUUCCAACUCUCAAAAUCUCCCUAACCUCUGUCGUAAACCCGCCCAAUCCUAUCCUUCACAAGGGUUCUUUCAUUCAAGCUGCUUGGACCCGUAGGUCCCGAGGCGAAGCAGCAAAAAAACCAAACAGAAAAUCAUGGAAACAAAGGACUGAUAUGUACAUGAGACCAUUUCUGCUUAAUGUGUUCUUCUCUAAGAAAUUCAUUCAUGCAAAAGUGAUGCACAGAGGAACAAGUAAAGUGAUAUCAGUUGCCACGACAAACGCUAAGGAUCUCAGAAACAGCUUGCCGUCACUCACAGAUCACAGUGCAUGCAGAGUUAUAGGCAAGCUUAUUGCAGAAAGAUCUAAAGAUGCUGAUGUAUAUGCAAUGUCUUAUGAGCCAAGAAAGGGUGAGAGAAUUGAAGGCAAAUUAGGCAUUGUUCUUGACACUAUUAAAGAGAAUGGGAUCAUACUUGUAUGAACUAGCUACGGGUUUUGAUUGAUUUAUGUUAACUUAUGUAAGUAAAAAACUCUUUAUCAUGAA